AUGGAUAAACAGCACGCAACGCUGCCACCCGAGCUUCAGGUUGCCAAUCGGCGAAAAGUAGAUGGACUCGACGAGCCGGCCGACCCAACUCCUACCGAUACAACGCCUCUUCUGCGAGCGAGCAACCAUGCAGCGACGCCACAGUUGGCCCAAUACGUCAACUCGAGGACAAAUGAGCCGCUGCCGCCGCUGUCACGCCUGCGCGCGGGCGGCCUGUCCAAGGCGCGGUUCUGGGUCGUGUUCUCACAGAUACUCGCAACGCAGUUCCUCUGCUUCUUUGACACGACCAUCAUGGUGUCGUCGCACCCCGUGAUCACAUCGUACUUCGGCGUCGCCCACUCGGCAUCGUGGCUCUCGACGGUGUUCAUGGUCAUGUCGACAGUCUCGCAGCCUUUUCUGGGCCGGCUGUCGGACGCGUUCGGAAGGAAACCACUUUGUCUCGGAGCGCUUGCCAUAUUCACCGUUGCGACGCUGUGGUGUUCGCUGGCCACGAGCAUAGAGAGCCUCAUCGCCGCAAGGGCCGUGUGUGGGAUUGGCGCUGGUGGCACUAUGUUAAUGGGGAGCAUCACCAUGAGCGACAUCAUUCCCAUCGAAUCCCGAGGGACCUACUUGUCCUACCUCAACGUCGUCGUCGGUAUCGGCUCUGGAUUAGGAGCUACGGUUGGCGGUACUAUUGCUGAGACAAUAGGCUGGCGAUGGGAGUUUGGCGUGCAGGUUCCCCUGCUUCUGGCAUGUCUGAUGGUCGGCUUGGUGACGAUUCCGAAUAACUUGGGCGUCAUAGGCGAGAGGGAGACUCUCAACCAGGUUAUUCGAGGGUUCGACAAAUUAGGCGCCUUGUCACUUACCUUGGCAGUGUCGACGCUCAUCCUUGGUUUGAAUCUCGGCGGCAAUAUAUUUCCCUUGGCCUUCCCUGCCUUCAUAUUGAUCGAGUGCCGUGCUACAAAGCCCAUCAUGCCACUGAAACUCAUCUCCCGCAAGCCUCGCGCGAACCUAAUCAUUUCCAACUUUUUGGGCGCCAUCAUCUCUAAUGCCAUCCUCUUCAAUGCACCCUUGUACUUCCAAGCGGUGCUUUUGAUCAGCGCCACCUCCUCUGGCCUCCGACUGAUGCUCCUGGCCAUCGCGUCCUCCGCAGCAGGUGCCUUGACCGGCCUCUUCAUCACCAGAAUGCGUCGCCUCCAGUCGCCCCUUGUCUGCGCCGCCGCACUAUAUCUGGCUAGCAUUGUAUCCAUCUGCUGCAUGCGGCCUGGUUUGUCUCCCAAUGUGUUCUGCCUGGCCCUAGUGCCAUACUCUGUGGCAAAUGGACUCCAGUAUACUACCACGGCUGUGGCGGUUCUGGCUACGUCUGAGCAUGACGAGCAGGCUGUCGUGAUGAGUGCGCUUGCCAUCUGGCGCAGCCUAGGGACAGUGUUGGGUGUCGCACUUAGCAGCGUUGUAGUUCAAAAUGGACUCUUAUAUUAUCUCAACGUCAAUGUUCAUGGGCCGUUGAAGGACGAUGUCACCGCCCUGGCGCGAGCGUCGGUCCGGGCAAUUGCGAACCUGGACCAACCAUACCGCGACCAGGUAGUCCAAAGCUAUGACGCGGCCUUGCGGUUAGCAUUUGGGUCUUGUAUCGCUGCCGCAGCUAUUGCUGCCUUCCUCAUUGUUCGAAUGAAGCUGCCAACACUAGGGUUGUCUGUGACGAGCUAG